AGCAUGGUCUUACGAUUGACUCUGAUGAUGUAAAAUGCAAAUGGUCUAUUCGGCACAUAACCAAAACAUUAAUUGUUAAACAAUGCAUAUGUGGAAGCUAUCGAGAUAAGGUAGUUACAUCUGGUUCUAGAAUCUCAGCAGCGCGUUACCUCUACGUAGGAUGCCUUGCGUUCGUCACAAUAUCUCUUCGUAAUAAUGAAGUUUGUGGUGCUGCGGGAUAUCUAAAUCAUUCUGAGCAAUGUGUGACUUCUCAGCCGCAACGUGAUCCACAAUAUAAACUUCUACCAUAUGUAAGAAAAAGUGUUGAAAAUUUAUUAAACCUUAAUGUAAGAACUCCAGAUAUUCUUGCUCAAAAUGCAAGAAUCGUAAAAAAUGUAUUUGAAAAUUGUACCUUAAUCGGAAAUUUCAGAACAUUGCUUACGGCAAUGGACAUUACGAAUAUUAAAAAACAAAUGUUGCAAAAAA